CUGAUACAUGCCGACACUGUAUCAACAAAUGCACAUACUGUAAGGCGUUGGACACGCGAUACUCCAGCCAUUUGUUCGCGAAGUGCACUUGUCGUCCGUACUGAAACAAAACUUACAAAGCCAAACCCCAAGCUUAGGCAUACAGAUCAGAGCUUGCUUGGCACACGGCUGUCAAACGUUGAAACUUGCUUUUAUCUUGACUGCUGUGCUUGUUUGCACUGUCUAACAACAUAAACUAGUACUGACGAUAGCCGAGGAGCAGCGCCUGACGGAACUCGGACACGGCGUGGUCGGUGGGCGCGGGGGACCGCCCGAGCGGGCGUAGCAGCCGACACGGCGUGGCAGCUACGCGCGUCCAGCCAUGGACGACGGUACCUUCAUAGACGAGCAAGGCAGCCGGCGGCUCCGAGACACGGAGCUGGUGGUGCCGGUUGUGGUGGGCACCUGUGCGUGGUGGCUUGGGAAAAAGGCCAACGACAGCGUGACGCACAGGUGGACGGUGUAUUUCCGCAGUGCCAACGGGGAGGACCUCAGCCACAUCAUUUCAAAGGUGACGUUUGAGCUGCACCACACCUUCACCAACCCGCACCGCGUGUGCCUACAAGCGCCGUACGAGGUCACGGAGCAGGGCUGGGGCGAGUUCGACAUCAACAUCACGCUGACGUUCACUCCGGACGCGCGCGAGAAGGACGUGUCCAUCAUGCACCGCCUCAAGCUGUACGAGAGCGAGAGCACGCCCAACACCACCAAGAAGCCCGUCAUGAGCGAGGUGUACGAGGAGCUGGUGUUCAGUGAGCCGGUGGAGUCCUUCUACCGCCGCGUGGUGGCGGAGCCGCAGCGCCGCGCCACCGAGCUGAGCUGCCAGGCCUGGAUCCUGACCUUUGACGAGCGCGAGGAGGUGGAGAAGCUCAAGGAGUGCCGGGCGCGGGUGGCGGCCAUGGUGGCCGAGGUGCGCAAGGACUUUGAGGGCGCGGCAAGGUGAUGGUUGCGGGUGCUGCGGUGCGGUGGUUACCGAAGAUGCUCAAAGAAACGAAAUGCGCACGGUGGUGGUGUGCGGGCGUGCGGAUGCGGUGCAGCGCGUGUGAUGGCGGGGCGUGUGGCUGGGCGGUAGCUGGAAGGUGCUGCGAGCGCCUGGAGGGAGUCGGGGCCGUCCCGUGGCAGGCUGCCGCUGUCGCCGCGAGUUGCAAUGUACGGGGGACUUGGAACCUUCGAGGGGGUGCUGGAAGCAAUGCCGUGCUGUGCAGCUGGUGCUGCGUCAUGGCUCCGCUGCAUCUGUGAGUAGCCGGGAAAGGCCAAGCAGGGCGCAAAGCUCGGAGCAUGGUGCCGUGGGGUUGGGCCCCGUGAGCGUGCACUUCACAAACGGGCUGACGCACGCGUCUCCUGGGGAAUGUUAGUAUGUUACAGUAUGUUGAGGAUGUGCCUGUUCGAUGUGUAAUUGUGGUAUGGGCCAUGUACCACGUAGGUCACGCACGUAAGUAGAUGCGAUGUAAUCGCCGGCUCGCCUAUUUAGCCAUGAACUUGAUGCUACCGACUGCCGCAAACCGAACUGUUGCCUCAACGGUUUGCAACGACCUGCGCAGUCAACUCAUCCACAACCCUGCCAAACGUGUUUGCUUCAACACUGUCCGCCACAUCCGUGCUUGCUAUCUAGCAUCAUGCUUUUGCUGCUUGCAGCUAAUGCCAUCCCGAUAUUACCACAAUGCCGUCACCACACCAAGACAAACCCAUGCGCGGACAGCCUGAGUAACACAAAUGCCUUCCGCAUGCUAACCCCUGCAUGCCGCUGCCGUGCCUUGACCGUGCAGCAGCAGCAGUAUGUGGUCUAGCAAGCCGCCGCAAAUGCCUUAUUGCAUGGGAAUCCGCUAUGAUGCACUCAAACCGACAGUCCGGCAAGCACAUGGAUUUCCUUGCAUCCCGAUGCCAUACACACGUCACACAUGCGGACUUCUAAUGAUGUGUACGUGCGCCCAAUCCGGUUCCCGACAUUCGUAAUAUUGCUAAUAGCUUGAUUCUUGGUACUCAGGUACCGUCCGUGUGUAAUGCUAUCUAGUCCAUGUGUAACUGAAAGCCUGACUGGUGCAGCCCUGGCACUCGUAAAAUACCGUACAGUGGCCACCCUGCGGUGGCCAACUCAGUACACAGGGCGUGCGCACAAACACAAACAAAAACGCUAGUUACUGCCUGCGACUGCCACCAUCUGUCCGACCACCCACGCGUACGGCGCGGCGGGGAAUUCCUGCUGCCGCCUCAUAUGCGCCGUGCACAAAUCUCUCAGGGACGCCCUAACAACUCCCACUGGCGCUACAAUCCCAGGGCCCAUACGGGCAAGAAUCAGUGCACACGCACACCAUGUGUGUAUUUGUGUGUUCGUGUGUGAACACGCUCUCCCCACGGACUUCUCAGCAGUUUCAACUCCGCCCAGCAGCAGUUGCGCUUCAGCGCUCAUAGAGACACCCACGACCAUGGGUAACCCACCCCGAUCAUAGCCGUGGACGCACUUCCGGACAUCCCCAACGCGGCCCAAGCCACAAGCAGGUCAAUUCACAAUACCGCAAGACAAAGGCGACGCGCUCAUGGCGCGCCUCACUCUGCACGCUCGCUCACGCAAGCCAAGCCGAGCCUCAAGGCACAAACCAUUGCCAGGACUCCCAAGCGUUCCUGGCUUCCGGCUCCGCCUCACUCAUUCAUUCAUCAGUUCACGCAGUCGGCCGCGGAGCCGCUGCCCCCGCCGACUGCAACCGCAGCGUCUUACU